AUUCGCAGUAAAAUUAGAACCAAGAAACUUAGCUCAAGGACUGGAAGUCUGGAACAGAAUAACCAAAACAUUCUUAAUGUUUUGUUUAUGAAAACCCAAUUUAUUCAGAUGAAUAUUUUUUUACUACUGGCGUCGACUAGAGAUAUCUAGAUACAUCGUACAUACCAAUAUUUGAAAUACCGAAUUAUCGAUAGAUAAAAAAACGCUAACGUAAACAUGAGCUCCUCGCAGAGACGCUUGGUGAUGACAGUUCCCUUCAGUUCCUUUGUAUUAUGCGUACGCGCAGAGUAAGAAAGUUUAAAAGUUGAGGCAUUAGCAGUGAUAUCUUUGGUUAUCCUCUCGACGUUUCGCCAGUAAUUUAUACGGUGAAUCGAAAAACUCCGAUUAUUCCUUCUUUGCCAAAGAAGAAUUGAUGGAAACAAAUAUAACUUAACCAUAAAUCUGCUUUAAGUUAUAACUGUCAAAAGUAAUGUUUUGAUUAUUAUAGACAUCAUUUCUAUAUAAAACUGCAAGUCUUAUCUUUUUUUUUGUUACAAUCUUUAGAAUCUCAGUAUUUUUUAAAUUUUUCAUACAUAUAAAAUGUCCAAAACCUUAAUAGAAAAACUUACAUUUGAGGAGAAUUAAACAAAGCACGUUCAAAAAUAUAAAGAGGCAUCUUAAACCAUAUUAAAAGAGUUUUGUUAUUAAAUCCAACUGUGAAAACUGCAUAUAGUGUAAUAAGUAAUAAGCUACAUUUUAGAUUUUUGGAAAUGGCUCUGUUUAAUGAUAUCAAGAAGGCAACUUCACUUAACUGGAUGGAUAAUAAUGCACACGUUUUGCGAUUGCAAGGAUUGAGUCAAGCUGAAAAAGAUCGGAAAAUGAAUGACAGAAAAGUAAAAAAACCACGAAACAUACACUUAGUAGAACCUGAAACUUGUGACAACACUAUUGAUGACAUUAUGAUUGAUGAAAUUAAACAUAAUUUUGAUAGACAUGAGAUUUCUGCUGCUAUUAAAGAGGUAAAUGGUGGUGUCGAUCUCUCAAAUAAACAUUGGGAAGAAGUAUGGUCAAAGCGUCUUCAGGAGAAAAUUCUUUCUGAGAAAGAAGUAAAAUUGAAAUUUCCUGGACAUAAUGAUGCAAAAGCUCCUGAAAACCAUUCCAAAGAUAAAGAGUUAAGCCAUCGUUCGAUUAAAAAUAUAGAUUUGCUCAAUAAAUUGCAUAGAAAUGCUGCUAUUAUGAGUCUUGUAAAAAUGAAGAAGAUUUCAUUGGAAGAUAUAAUUGGUCCAAGCAGUAUAUACUUGGUAGAAACGGAAAACCAGUUGGACUCUUUGUAUCAAGAUCAAACUUCAACAGCAGCGUCCAAUAAUGUAGUGGAUAAUGCUCGAUAUCAGGUAGAAUCGGUUCCUCACCGUGAUGAUCCUGACAUCUUCGUUCAUCCUUUGCUGCAACGAGACAAAGAACAAUUCAAGGGCAUAGAUUUUACUUUACCAAGGCUAGGCAAAAAGGUUGUAGUAAAACCACCAGAAUUUUUCCUCGCAGAAAAUGACGAUAAGUAUUUUGAUUUCGUGAAAAAGAAGAAAAAUACACCGUAGAUUAAGAUAGAAGGGUGUAGAGAUGGCAAGUGUUUGUUUAUCAUGUCAAGAGAUAUUGUGCAAAUUUACAAAAAGUACAAAAUAAUGUCAAUUCGUUGUCCAACGAAACGUGUGUGAUAAGGAAUAAAUAUUUCAAAAUAAAUAGGUGUUCAAUAGGUGCUCUUGUAUUAUUUAAACUAAUGAGUUGAACAAAUUUCUACUGAAAUAUAAAGAUAUGUGAACACACGGUGUAAUUUAGGAUUAAAGAAAUCUAAAAUUGCAAUUCAUAGAGAAAGCGGUGACUAAAACAUAAGCUUAAAUUAAGGUACGAUUUAUAUAUGUUAGCAUAUAAUACAUUUAAUUUAAUCUCGAUAUAAGAAAUCUUCUGUGAGAUCUCUAUAUGGAGAUAUUAUUGAUCUUUAUAAAUUUUAACUAUAAAAUACACGUUUUCUUAUAUAAUUUAAGAAUAAAGAAAUCUCAUGGAACAAUUUAUAGAGAAAGUGAUGACCAAACAUGAGCUUAAGAAAAAAUUUAUACAUGUUAGGAUAUUGAAAACAAAAUAUAUACAAAACGCGAUGUGCAAAAAAAAUUUAUUUUUACUUUAAGAUUAAUAUUAGGCAUAACGAUCUAUUAAUAACGUAGCAAAAUACAUUUAAGGAUAAGUAAUUGCGUGCAAGUAAAAUAUAAUUUUAUACGGAGUGUAGAGUUAUAUAAUUGCAUGUUUUGUACAAAAUAUUAAGUUAAUAAAUGCUUUGUGGUUCCAAA